AUGGCUCUGGCGGCUCCAUCAAUCCUUGAACUUGACAAGAGAGCAAUUACAUGUUUGAACGUCGGCGCGACGGCAACGGCAAGAUGGACAAACAGUGCCGGGAAAUCGUGUACAUUCACGGGUGUAGUAGGAAGCAACUACGGCGCCAACGGUGCCGGAUCUGGAGACUACUCCUGUAAUGGCCGCUGUGGUGCCGGAUGUACUGGAACGGCUCUCGGCGACGUCUACACACAAGAUUGUUUCUCUCAUGACAUUUGCUCAUACUUCAACAACGCCAGUGGCGGUACUAGUGAUCCCAAUUGUGGCGCCGCGUACAAUGCUGCUGUCGAUGACACUGUCUUGGGUGCACUCAACGGUUGUGGGCAAACGAACCCAUCAAAUGCGGUAUCGAAGCCCUCGACACAACCUGUUUGCAGCUGA